AUGGCUACAUCGGGUUUGCCAAAGUUUUCCGACCUUUAUGAGUUAAAAGAAGAGCUGGGAAGGGGUGCAUUUUCUAUUGUACGAAGAUGUAUCCAGCUAUCUACGGGUUUGGAAUUUGCAUCCAAAAUAAUAAAUACCAAACGACUUUCUUCUAGAGAUAUGCAAAAGCUGGAGCGAGAAGCAAGGAUUUGCCGGCUAUUGAAGCAUCCAAAUAUAGAAUACUUAUUUUUAUACCCUAUUUUUGAUCCGGACGUCACAGGCGGUGAACUCUUUGAGGAUAUUGUCGCUCGGGAAUUUUACAGUGAAGCAGAUCUCAUACCUCAUAUAAACACGUGUCACUGA